CUCGAGAGAGGGGCAAGAAGUCCCAACUCCGCUCCGGCAUUUAAAACGACGUCGUGUAGUCACUCCGUCGACGCUGGGAGGAUUCGUCGUGGCGAAGUAUUUUCGCCAUUUUCCUCUCUAAUCAAAUCACACGGGAUAAGAAGACUUUAAUGGACACUGCGAUGGCAGUUUCGUUAUUUAAGGAGGUAGUUCUGUCAUUCCUGGUAUUUCGCUUCUUCAAUCAUACGAUUAUCUCUCGUCGCUGCACAUAUACGAUAUACACCCCUCCCCUCCUAAACAGUCGAAUUUCUGUUCCCAUUUUUACCCACGCACAGACUGAGUGUGUGUGCGUGUUUGUUCUUGUUCUUGAGGAAGAGUCUCUGCGUUGAAUUGGAUCGAUCGGUUUGGAUCUUCGAACCCUACUUUCUCAUUCUGUCUCUGCAAAGUUGCGGGAACAGAUAGAUAUGGUUGAUGUCGCCGAAAAACUAGCUUAUUUUCAAGCAAUCACUGGCAUUCAGGACUCCGAUUUGUGCACGGAGAUCCUCUCCGCUCAUGGCUGGGACCUCGAACUCGCCAUCGCCUCCAUCACCGGUACCAAUUCUGACGGCUCCGAUCCUGCUCCCGCUGCCGUCGCCGCGGCCACCACCACAGCUCGCGACGUCGGAAUUAGUGGCCAAUCCGAUUCUCUGGACGACCGUACUGCUGUCGCUCCAGGGCUGGCGUGGAAGGUCAUAACCUUACCCAUUUCUGUUGUUUCAGGCAGCCUAGGGCUGAUUUCGGGCGCGGUCGGGUUCGGACUGUGGGCCGCCGGUGGCGUUCUGUCUUACUCGCUCGGUAUGAUUGGGUUGGGCGGGUCCGGACGGGGUGGCGAGUCUUCGUCUUCUCCCUUGGUUUCGGUCUCUGCGGCGGCGUCCGAGGCUAUGGAUUUUGUGGCGGACUUCGAGAGGGCUUAUGGAGGAACAAAUCGACCUAAUUUUGUUACUGAAGGGUUUAUGGACGCGCUGCAACGGUCUCGGCAGGGGUUUAAGCUGUUGUUCGUGUACUUGCACUCGCCGGAUCAUCCCGAUACGCCUUUGUUCUGCGAGAGAACUCUGUGUAAUGAAGCGUUGGCAGCUUUUGUGAACGAGAAUUUUGUGGCUUGGGGAGGGAGUAUUAGGGGAAGUGAAGGUUUCAAGAUGAGCAACAGCUUGAAGGCGUCGCGGUUCCCAUUUUGCGCCGUGGUUAUGGCAGCCACGAAUCAGAGGAUUGCUUUACUCCAGCAGGUUGAGGGACCAAAAUCUCCGGAAGAGAUGCUUACUAUACUGCAGAGAGUGCAUGAAGAAAGUGCUUCUGUUCUUGUUGCAGCAAGACUUGAUGCUGAAGAAAGAAGAAACAACGUGCGUUUAAGGGAGGAGCAAGAUGCUGCCUUUCGAGCAGCACUUGAAGCUGAUCAAGCCAGGGAACGCCAGAGGAGAGAAGAGCAAGAACGGCUGGAAAGGGAAGCUGCUGAAGCUGAGAGGAAGCGGAAGGAGGAAGAAGAGGCUCGUGAAAAAGCAGCACGCGAGGCUGUUGAGAGAGAAGUGGCACGAGCUAGACUGCGGCAGGAGAAAGCCCUCUCACUUGGCACAGAACCUGAAAAGGGGCCUAAUGUUACUCAAGUUGUGGUGAGGUUCCCAACUGGAGAGCGCAAGGAAAGGAGGUUCCACAGCACAUCGACAAUCCAGUGUCUGUAUGACUACGUCGAUUCUUUGGAUUGCCUGGAAGUGGAGAGUUACAGCCUCGUCUCCAACUUUCCCCGGGUGGUUUACGGCCCAGAAAAGCUCUCUCAGUCUCUGAAAGAAGCAGGAUUACAUCCUCAGGCAAGCCUCUUUGUGGAGCUCAACUCAUGAAAACACGCACGCCCUUUUGUUGGUUAGGUGCAUGGUUUCCAAGCAUGAUAAACAACAGUAGCUCAAACCUGCUCAGCCUUUAGGAUCGAUCCAUCUCUCUCGCUCUCUCUGUGUUCCUCAUAUUUCAAUUUCCACCUGAUUUAGCAAUGAUUCUCAUUCAACGAGGAAGGGAAUAGUUUGUGUACCUUUAAUGGAUGCAGAUUCAAUCAAACCAAUGCAGAUCCUAGUUGAAAAUGGGUUAUGAAUAAAAGAUACAAAUUUCCCACA